CUUCUUCCCAGGGCUUUUAAUUGCUCUCACAGAACCUGCUUUAUUUUUUUAGCUCAUGUUGCACUAUUUUCAUACAAAAUUUCAUGAUGAUUCUGAUUUUUUUUUCUGAACAGUGUCCUUGAGGCAUAAGCCUUGUUUGAGUAUUUCUCUUUGAGGAAGAACAGUUUGCAGCAGCUGAAGAUAACAAAAUAUAGAAAAUAUUGAGCAGAAAGCAUAGGAGAGAGUUUUUGUUAUUACUCGCUCUGGAGGAGCAGCAGCACGCUUGCAGCGCGAGGCAGGCCUCAUCUCCGCUGGAGCACACAACACGCUGCGAUGCCGUCCGAGGGGACGGGCCUGUAGCGCACGCCGCCGUUGCUGUCGGCUGCCUUUGAUGUUAGAGUGUGUUGGAAAUGCGAUUUUUUUUUUGUAGGUGAUAUGAGAUUCUAGUGAUGUCCGUGGUGUCAGUCUGUCUAAUUAUCCCCUGCAAAGUGCAAUUGCUUUUGAAUCAGGCUUCACGUGCCAGAUCAAAGUUGGACACAUGCAAACCCUGGCUUUUUUAAAACAUGAUGUAGGAUUCGUGCAUGUGAGUGAAGGAGGGGUCUUACAAUUGCUUUUAACUAUAUACAUUUUCCCCUUAGAAUAUUGUAUCCUGCUCAGGCCAUUGAGAGAGGAGAUAACAAAAUAGCCACCUUUAAGAAAAGGCAAAUGAGGUGUUCCUAGCUAUUUUUCUCCAUUCUGUGAGGUCAGGAAGACUCAUUAAAACCAAAACCACACUGUAAGACUGAGCCAAAUUGAUUGCUGCAUGCCUGCUGGGUAUAUCUCACUGCUCAGGCUAUUCAUGAAAAUAAAUUCUGCGGAGGGAGGCAGAGCGGAGCCUGGCUCGGCAGUGCCGUCCCCCGCCCCGCCGUGCUGCUGUGCAGGACCCAUCUAGCCAAGUUGCGCUGGGGCCGUGCCUUUGCCAUUCGCCCCGCUCUCGCUCUCGGGAGGGAGAGGCUCUUUCCCCGCUGCAUCCCCCGCUCCUGGGAGCUGUAGUUUCCUGGCUCCCUCCCCUACCCCUGCAGCCUUAGGCUGCGCGCUGCAUGCGGUAACAGGCCUCCCCGGUGCGGACUACAAAUCCCAGUAGUGCUCUGUGCGCUGGCCCCAGGGAAGCUUUGCUGUAAACAGAGGCUCUGAAUUCAGGCCAGACCCUGGGGUUAGCUCUGUUUUAUUUUUUUUCUCUUAAAAUAGCUGGAAGGAGGAGGGAUACAAACAUCAGUGAAGUCUCUCCCGAAGCAGCUGAUCUCUCCCAGCUUUUCUCUGCUUGCUUCACUCCUGCGCAUACCUCGCUGUUUCCCCCACUUACUAACUCUCCUCUCAGUCAACGCAGGGACCUGCAGCAGCCAUUUGGAAGGAAGUUGAGGAAGAUCUGAAUGUGUGCCUGUGGUGGAAGGUGAAGGGAAAAGACAACAACCGCCCUGUGCUCUCCUGAGGACUGAUGUCCUCUUCCUUCACAAGACUGGAAAAAUGUCUGCAGGGGGUGCUCCCCAGCCUGCCCACAUCCUGAACCUGCUCCCUUAUCCCAGAUUGAACGAGGUGCCAAGAACUGGACAUGAGCUGGAUUCUGUUGGCGUAGAAAUCCCAUCAGAUCCCUGCACAGGCUACAGAUUUUUCAAGCCCGGUGGUUUGUUCGGUAUUAAACAGUCGGAGGAGCCGUACACUGAAGGCCAGCAAAUGCAGGAGGAGAGCAAGAUCCUCGUGAGCCCUUGUGCAGUUGAGCCUGGUCGAACAAAUAAAGUUGAGCAGCAGGAGGAGAAGCCUGGGUGCACUGCUGGCUCCCUGGAGCUGUAUCCCACAGCCACAAGCAGUUCCAGCCGCUGGUUUCACAGUGGGCAGCGUGCAGCUGACCGGGUGGGCAUGGAGAGAGAUGGUGCAGUUGGCCUCAGCCAGGUCUCUGCCAGGGUUGCCUGCUGGGUACCCCAGCUCGGGGCUGGCCCCUUCAGGUGUGCCCAGUGCGGGAAGGGCUUCCGCCAGAAGCAGAGCCUCAUCACACAUGAGAGGAUUCACACUGGAGAGAAACCCUACAGGUGUGGGGACUGUGGGAAGAGCUUCAGCCAGAGGCCCAACCUCCUGACCCAUCGACGUGUUCAUACGGGGGAACGCCCCUUCCCAUGCACGCAGUGUGGCAAGAGCUUCAGUCAGAAGGCCAACCUCCUCGCCCACCAGCGGAUACAUGCUGCUGGGGAGAAGGCACUAGCAGGGGGUGACCAGGAGGACGGCACGUCCACCAAGCCGAAGCUCCGAACCCAGCAGAGAAGUUACCAGGAAGACACCCCCUUUGUGUGCCCUGAGUGCGGGAAGAGCUUCCGGCAGAAACCCAACCUCAUCACCCACCGGAGAAUCCACACUGGGGAGCGCCCCUUUACCUGCUUUCUCUGUGGGAGGAGCUUCAACCAAAAGACCAACCUGGUGACACACUACCGCGUGCAUACGGGGGAGCGCCCCUUCGCCUGCACCCAGUGUGGCAAACGGUUCACCCAGAAAACCAACCUGGUGACACACCAGAGCACCCACACGGACGUCCGCCCCUACCCUUGCGGACAGUGCCAGAAAUGCUUCAAGGACAAAGUGUCUCUGAAAGCACACCAGAAAACUCAUGCUCCACGCCAGCGGAGAUGCCCCGGUCGGAGUCCGGCUACAGCCUUGCCUUAUGGGACUGCGCCCACGCUGCACCAGCCAGGAGGCCCGGAACAAGAGACCCCGUUCAAUCCUAUGCCACCGCUGCCUGUUCAGAAGAUCCCCGAAAACCAAGAGCUGUACUCGUGUACGGAGAAAAGCUUUCCCCCAAAGGAGCAGCUCCUGCCGCAUCAGCAGCCCUCGCUGGGGGAGCCGUCUUUCCCUUGUGUGCAGUGUGGGGAAGGGUUUUGCCAGAAGGUGACUCUCCUAAGGCAGCAGCACAGUCCUGCAGUGGAGGCUCCCAGUGGGUGUGCGACCAGCUUCAGCCACGGUCAGCAUCUCCUGGGGCACUUGGGGGUGCAGCCUGUCCUUGGAGAUGGACCACCCCCUGCUCCGCCUGCCCCUGGGGCAGAGAAGCCCUUCAUCUGUAACCAGUGCGGCAACAGCUUUGGCUUGUGGUUGUCCCUUGUGGCCCAUCAGAAGAGUCAUGUAGGGCAAAAGCCCUAUCAGUGCCCUGACCAUGAGAAAAGCUCUGGUGAUGAGCUGUCCCCCAAAGCCCCACCUGAGAAGCAGGUGGAAGGGAGAGCCUGGGUGUGUCCGGAGUGCGGGAGAAGCUUUGUUCAGUACGAGCGCUUGGUGAAGCACCGGCAAAACCACAGGGGCAGAGGGCCCUACCGAUGUGACGUCUGUGGGAAGAGAUUCAGCCUGAAAACCAACUUGGUGACUCACCAGCGCAUCCACACCGGGGAGCGCCCCUUCACCUGUGGCGUGUGUGGACGACGAUUCAACCAGAAGGGGAACCUGGUGACGCACUACCGCACACACACAGGAGAGCGGCCCUUUGCCUGCACCCAGUGCGGCAAGCGCUUUGCCCAGAAGCCCAACCUUAUCGCCCACCAAAAGACCCACAGUGGGAGACAGCCCUUCACGUGUCUGGAAUGCCCCAAGCGCUUCAAGAGCAAGCUCUCCCUGAGAGUCCACCAGCGAGUGCAUGCUGUGGAGCGGUCCCCAAGCGAGCCAGUCUCGGGGCAGACACCCAACAUGCAAGCUCACCCUGGGAGCCCAUAUCCCUGCUCUCUCUGUGGAGAAACCUUUGAGGAGCAUGGAGAUCUGCAGCUUCACCGUCAGGGCCACGCUGGGGAGCGGCCGCACGCCUGCGCAGAGUGUGGGAAGCGCUUCCGGCAAAAAGUGAACCUCGCUGUUCACCAGAGGACCCACACAGGGGAGAGGCCGUUCCGCUGUGCCGAGUGUGGGAAGGGCUUCAGCCAGAAGGCCCAUCUCCUCCGUCACCGCCGGACGCACGCGGGGGCCAUGCCACCCUCUUGCUGCGAGGGAACCUGCCCGGCGCAUCAGGAGGAGCCAGAUGCCAGCGCUCCCCUGGGGAAGGGAUCUGAACCUCCCAACAUGCUCCUGUCCCCCUGUUCCAGGGGAGCUGCUCACGGAUCACUGGCUCGGGAAGAGCUUCGGCCGGGAGUGCAGCCCCCAAACAGACCAGAUAGCCCGUCCGGGGCAGCAGACAUCCUUCUGCAACUGAUGCAGGAAGAUCAUCACCUAGUGUCUGGCUCUCACCAUCCGCAGGAGGGACCCGCUGGGCAGUGCCCCUGUAAGUGCGCAGAGGGUGGGGAAAGCUUGAGUGAGAAGCCAAAUCUGCAGCCACAGUGCUGCUGUACUGACUGCAUGAGCCAGCGGCAGCUGCUUCUGAAACCCCAGCACGACUGCAGAGCGGAGAUCUGGUGCAAGUACGGCGGCUGUAGCAGAAGCUUUGAGGAUAAGAGAGUCCUGAGAGUGCCUGAGAGAGCACAUGGCGAAGAGAAAACCUCUCCGUGCCCAAGCUGCUUCCGCGGCGCCGGCGCACGCAGCGAGACCGCAGCCGCGCGUGGGGCUCGGCGGGCUGCGCCGCGCGCGGGGGCCGUUCCUCGCCGCCUGCCCGGGCCGGGCGCCCUUUGCCCGGGCUGCAAACCUUGUCCCCUCGCAGGGACCUCGUCCCCCUUCGGGGCCGGCGGGCGGGAGGCCGGGGCGGGCGGGCAGGGCCGGGCAGGAGGGACAAGCUCGGGCAGGCGCGGAGGGAAGGAACAGGCGGCUCGUGGCUGUGCGUCAGCCGGGCAGGAGGAGCCACGGGGCUACAAAGAGCCGGGACCGGAGCGGGCGGCCAGGAGGCUCCCGGCGGGCGAGCGCGGGGAACGCGGGUGCCGUGAGCCGGACGGUGCGCCCAUGACCGACCUGGCGUCGCCCGCGGGUGAGAACCCCUUCGCCUUCCCCGGCGGCGAGGAGAGCUUCGGGGAGGAGAAGGUGCUGGUGAUCCACAGCCAGGCGGAGGAGGAGGCGGAGAAGGAGUUCAAGUGCAUCCUGUGCGGGGAAUGCUUCGGCCAGCAGCCCAGCCUCACCCGGCACCAGAAGCACCACGCCGGCGAGCGCGCCUUCAUCUGCGCCGAGUGCGGCAAGGGCUUCAGCCUCAAGCACAACCUCAUCAUCCACCAGCGCAUCCACACCGGCGAGCGCCCCUACCAGUGCGGCGUCUGCCAGAAGAGCUUCAGCCUCAAGCAGAACCUGCUGACCCACCAGCGCAUCCACAGCGGCGAGAAGCCCUUCUCCUGCGGGCAGUGCGGGAAGUGCUUCCGGGAGCAGCGCUUCCUCCUCAACCACCAGCGCACCCACGCCGAGGACCGGCCCCGCGCCGCCGCCGCCCCCGCCUGCAGCCGGUCGCCGCGGCCGGAGGCGCAUGAGGAGAGCCGCGGCCUCGGGGCGGCGGGCAGCCCCUUCGCCUGCGCCGAGUGUGGCAAGGGCUUCAGCUGCAAGAGCAGCCUGGCCACGCACCAGCGGACCCACACGGGAGAGCGGCCCUUCGCCUGCCCUCGCUGCGGGAAGACCUUCAGCCAGAAGGGCUCGCUGAAGAUCCACCAGCGCACGCACACGGGCGAGACCCCCUUCACCUGCGCCCAGUGCGGCAAGAGCUUCGCGCAGAAGGUCAACCUCACCACGCACCAGAGGACCCACGGGGCAGAGAAGGCCCUCACGGAAUGACGGCCGUGAGCGUGCGGGAGAAGCUGGACCUCGCGAGGGACGCGGAGGCGUUUUUCAGGGAAGGGGCUCCGCCGCCGCGUGGCACCGGCCCUCGGCCCCGCUGGGGAGAGCAGCGCCCGGGAGAGCGAGCGGGGUCUCGUCCGAUGCCUGCAGAGAGCCCGAAGCGGCACGGAAAUCGCGCAAAAUAAAAAAUAAAACAAA